GGAUUUUAGAACUGAACUGGUAUUUUAGAACUGAACUGGUAUUUUGUACCCGUUCCCCCUCCUCCUGCCGCGCCCCCCUCAGCGCCGCAGUAACGCUCCGAUUUCCUUUCAGACCGUCCCUUUUCCCGCAAAGAUGUCCCUGAACCAGACGCAGAUGAAGCAGGAGCUCACGCUCCCCCCCGGGCUGAGCAAGAGCAUCCCCCCGCCGAGCCAGGAGCCCGCGCCGUGCCCGCAGCAGCAUCCCGAGCUCCAGGACCCCACACCCCGCCCGGGUCCAGCCCCGACGUGCCCGGAACGAGCCGUGCCCUUGCCGAGCCAGGAGCCGGGCAAAGGAGAAGCCCCCGCGGCCGUGGUGCCCCAGUGCCCGGCCCAGGAGCAGAGCAAGUGCCCUCCACCCUUCCCAGCCGAGGCUCUGCCGUGCCCAGAGGAGAAACCAGCCUGCCAAGAGCUGCCCGUGUCCCGCCCUGACCCAGCCCCGUGUGGGCUGGAGAAGCAGCAGCGCCAGGAGAGCCCCGUGCCAGUCCCCGGGACCCGCUCCGAGGCUGCAGCCUGUGCCCAGGAGAAGCAGCAGAUCAAGGAGCUCCCCGUGCCCGUCCCUGCCCCGCGCCCCGACCCCACCCCGUGCCCCCAGGAGAAGCAGGAGGUCAAGGAGACCCCCGUGCCCAUCCCUGUCCCGCUGCCCGACCCCACCCCGUGCCCUCAGGAGAAACAGGAGGUCAAGGAGAUCCCCGUGCCCACCCCGUGCCCCCAGGAGAAGCAGGAGGCCAAGGAGACCCCCGUGCCCAUCCCUGUCCCACUGCCCGACCCCACCCCGUGCCCUCAGGAAAAGCAGGAGGUCAAGGAGAUCCCUGUGCCCACCCAGGAAAAGCAGGAGGUCAAGGAGCUCCCCAUGCCCACCCCGUGUCCCCAAGAGAAGCAGGAGGUCAAGGAGACCCCCGUGCCCACCCCGUGCCCCCAGGAGAAGCAGGAGGUCAAGGAGACCCCCGUGCCCAUCCCUGUCCCGCUGCCCGACCCCACCCCGUGCCCCCAGCAGCAGCAGGAGAUCGAGGAGCUCCCCGUGCCCACCCCGUGCCCUCAGGAGAAGCAGGAGUGCCAGGACGCCCCGGUGCCAGUGCCAGCUCCCUGUCCCGACCCCGAGCAGCUCUCCCUUCCCGGGAAAGCCCCUCCCGUGGAGCAGCAGCAGCUCAAACAGCCCAACCCGUGGCCUCCCGCCCAGAAGUAAAGCGGGGCCGCCCCGAGCCGAGCCCCGAGGGGAGAAGAAGAUCCCAACCCCAAACCUCCUCUCCCACAUCUCCCAUCCAGAGGUCAUUUCCCAGCACCUUUUGAAUCGCUGCAGAGCUUCUGUGGAGAAGAAAAUCGCUGCUGAGCUCCCAAGUCCCCCCUCCAAUUAACGCUUCGUCCUGUACUAACAGCGGAUAAAAAGGCUUCAAGCAGGGUCCUGGGUGUGGGUUCAGCUUCCCAGCAGCCUGAAUUCCUGCCCCCUCCCAGCCCCUCUGGCCCAGAGGGACACCAGAAAGCUCCCUGGCAGCACAAGGCAGGGUUCCUUAAGCUCAGCAUUAAACUCUCCCCCAGCACAAGGCCCAGCUCUGGUCUCCCUGCCUUCCCCCCCAGCUCCCUGGAUUCCACCUCCCACCUGCAUUUGGGGCUUCCUGCCUGUUAAUAAUGGGAGGUUUGGGCAGAACCUGCUGCUGAAGGGUUCUGAUCCCCCUCCCAGCCCAUGACAUGGCAGUGCUGAUUGGUUUCAUGCAAUUAAAAAGAAUCCACCUGGCCGCAGGGAAUAGGAAGGGAUUUUAGGACAGAGGCACCAGCUCUGCCCAGGCAGGAGCCAGAGCUCACCUGGAACCUUCUGGGACGUGUGAAAGGGCAGCUCCAGCCCAGAGGCUUCCUGGCAAACCUCCCGAAUCCGCUCCAGACCCGUUUGGAAAGCAGAGAUGAGCCCCGGGCGUGGCUUCCCCGGGCUCCGCGGGGCAGAGGAGGGAACACCCCCGGGGCUGCCUCAAUCACGCCCCACACGGGGCUGCUGGGGAGGGAUUUGCCACUUGGCUCUAAUUGUUUUGGGCUGGUGUUGCAUCCAGGAUUCAUUUCACUGUGAAAAUCGGCAAUAAAAGUUGCUUUGGAUACCGAGGUG